UGCAUCAGUCUUGUCGUGGCGGCAAGGGUGCGUGCGCGAUCGCUGGUGACGUGAAGACCUGGUGUGUUCGCCCAUCUUUGUAAAACUUCCUUUUUGCCAAGGGGACAAUGUCGGCGGACAACGAGCUCAGUGCCGUCCUCAACCGACGGUGUCAGAUCAAUGAUGACCUGCACGCCGGCAAGGAGGUCAAGAAGGUUCUGCGGGUGUUCAACCCCUACACCGAGUUUCCCGAGUUCUCCCGCAAACAGAUCAAGGAGUACGAGAGAAUAUUCAAAAAAUACGACGAGGGAAACGAUGGCUUCCUGGACUUGGAGGAGCUGAAGAAGAUGAUGGAGAAGUUGGGAGCGCCGCAGACGCACAUCGGCCUGAAGCAGAUGAUCCGCGAGGCCAAUGAGGACGAGAACGUCACUAAGAUCGGCUUCAGAGCGUUUCUGACAGUGUUCCGCCGGGCGGCGGCCGGCGAACUGACGGCUGACUCGGGCCUCAGUCAGCUGGCUAAGCUCACCGAGAUCGACGUCGACGAAGUGGGCGUGGCUGGCGCCAAGCAGUUCUUCCAGGCCAAGAUCUCGGAGCUGGAGCGCGACAAGAACUUCCUGGAGGAGAUCCGCCGCGAGGAGGAGGAGCGCCAGCGACAGGAGCAGGAGCGGCGCGAGCGCAAGGCCGAGUUCAAACAGAGGGCGGCACUGUUCAACCACGCCUAGCUCAGGUGGCGCUACCGUCGGGAUGCGUGACGGGAAGUGCACUCGUGGAGAGCGUGUGAUAAGCAAUGCGGUGUUUAUCUUACUGUGUUUUUGGGAG